ACUUUUUGGAAUUCCGCCCAGAGAGUUUCUCUUUGACUUUCUCUCCUCUGGCUCGCAUCAUUUCUCUCCCUCCCUCUUUCUCUCUCUCUCUGUUCCCUCGCUCCCUUUCUUCCCCCGAAAGGUGAACAGUCAAGAGGGUUGGUUUUCCUAGAGGUUGCAAGGAUGUACAGUUUUAUGGGCGGCGGCCUCUUUUGUGCCAUUGUGGGGAACAUCAUGCUGGUGGUCUCCACGGCGACGGACUACUGGAUGCAGUACCACCUGUCAGGAAGCUCGGCGCACCAGGGCCUAUGGAGGUACUGCAUGGGGCACAAGUGCUAUCUGCAGACAGACAGCAUAGCCUACUGGAAUGCCACGCGGGCCUUCAUGAUCCUGUCUGGGAUGACAUGCUUUGCUGGCAUCCUCGCUGGCAUCUUUUCUUUCGCCCAUUUCUCCACUUUUGAGAGGUUCAACCGCUCCUUCGCUGCAGGAGUCAUGUUCUUUGUCUCAACUUUUUUUGUGUUCCUCGCCAUGGCGAUCUACACGGGCAUCACCGUGAACUUCCUGGGCAAGCGCUUUGGAGACUGGCGUUUCUCCUGGUCCUACAUAAUGGGCUGGGUAGCCAUGCUCAUGACUUUCUUUGCAGGAAUCUUCUACAUGUGUGCAUACAGAAUGCAUGAGUGUCGCAGAGUAGCAAGUCCUCGCUGAAGAAAGAAGGAUAUGAAAGGGGAGCAUUUUUAAGGAAUUGACCAAAGAAAUAACUGACACACAAAACUUAUACUUUAUUUUUCACAGCAGAUGAAUGGACAGUUUUUUGUUUACCUAUAACACAAUGACAGCUCUUCAUUUAACUACAGUAUAUUAUUUUUCAAUAAAGUUUCUCACCAAAAUCA